AUGAGUCUUUCAAACACCAGCAGGAAUUUCACGACCGCCGUCUACCGGGACACUUUAAACACCGCCAUAAUCAAGAAUGUGAUCACUGUGGUUCUCUGCAUCGCCAUCAACUACGUCAACGGUACCCUGGUACACACAUUCACUAAACAUCAGGUCUUCAACAUGAACCCUCGCUACAUCCUGUACAUCCACCUGGUGAUCAAUGACAUCAUCCUGCUCACCCUGUUCACCCUCAUUCAGGUCCUGAGUUACAUCGUCUUCACUCUCAACGUCUCCUUGUGUAUCGUUCUGUUGAUGACAGCCGUAUUCGCCAACCUAAACAAUCCCCUCACGCUGGCUGUCAUGGCCGUCGAUUGUUACAUCGCCAUAUGCUUCCCUCUCCACCGCACCAACAUCUGUACGGUCAGGAAGACGUACGUUGUGAUCGGUCUGAUCUGGGUGAUAAGUACGCUCUCCAUCCUACCAGAUUUAUUCGUCGCUUUGGCGACAGAAUCGCAGGAAUUCUUUCGCUCUAGAGUUUUUUGUCUUCGAGAGAAUAUCUUCAGAAAACCCUAUCUGACAGAGAAGAGAGACGUGUCCAACACCGUGUUAUUGGUCAUUGUCUGGCUCACUCUUUUCUACACAUACUUCAGGAUCCUGUUCACCGCACAGGCAGCUUCUACAGACGCCAAGAAAGCCAGGAACACGGUCCUCCUCCACGGCUUCCAGCUGCUGUUGUGCAUGCUCACCUACGUUUUCCAUCUCAUCAUCGACGGUCUGACUUAUUUGUUCCCAAAAGGGGUGCUGGACAUUCGCUUCACUAUCUCAGUGUUUGUUCAGGUUGUGCCUCGCCUCAUCAGUCCCGUCGUUUACGGGCUACGAGACAAGACGUUCAGGAAGUACCUCAAGAGAUAUCUGUUCUGUACAACUUGUGCCGACACGCAUCCACAAAAAACUCUAAAGAAGCCCUGAAGUCCUGUUUCGGAGUUGUUCGUACACUAUUUCAUACUAACGGGGAAAAUAUCAAAUACAUUUAAUGCUGGGAAAG